AUGUCGCUGAGCAAGAAUCUGGGUGAUGCCGGUCCCCACGUCGAGGCGCCCAAGCCGCCCGUCUACAGCCGCCCCACCGUGCUGAUGCGCGCCCCGCCCGCCUCCUCGCGCGCCCCGCCGAUCCCCUGGGACCCGCCCCCGAUGGAGCUGCCGGCCGCACUGGCCGCCUGGCCGGCCCCGCAGCCCACCUGGGACGUCCCGCCGCCGCAGGUGCAGGUGCAGCCGCCCCCCGCCGCCCUCGGGGGCCCCCCGCUGGUCCCGGGGCCGAUGGCCAAGCCCCCGACCACCGGGGUCUUGAUGAUCCAUCCGCCUCCACCGCCGCCUCCUCCGACGCCGGGGGUCCUGAUGAUGCAUCCUUCGGCGGCUGCUGCCGGGGGGCCCCUGGUGCCCCCUCCUCCUCUGCCUCCUCCUCCCGGGACCCCCAUGGUGCCGCCUCCGCCUCCGGGGACCCCCAUGGUGCCCCCUCCACCUCCUGGCACGCCCAUGGUGCCGCCGCCUCCGCCUCCGGGGACCCCGAUGGCGCAGCCCCCGCCAGCUGCGGGGGUCCUGAUGGCGCCCGGGGUCCUGAUGGUCCAACCUGCAGCCGCCGCUCCAGGAGCUCCGCUGGCCCAGCUGCCUCCGCCGCCUCCGGGGACCCUGAUCGCCGCGCAGCCGCUGCCGCCACCGCCUCCGCCUCCGGUGGCCCCGAUGGCCAAGCCUCCAGGUCCGGGCGUCCUGAUGCUCCACCCGACCGCUGCUGCUGCUGCUGCCGCUGCUGCUGCCGCUGCUGCCGCUGCGAGAGCGGCGCCCAUCAGCCAGCCCGCGGCCACUCCGGCGCCGAUGGUGGCGCAGCCGAUGGCGCAACCGAUGGCGCCCCCCGCACAGCCCCCUGCGUCCUGGGCCCCGCAGGCGCAGCCUCUCAUCCUGCAAAUCCAGUCCCAGGUCAUCAGGGCGGCCCAGCAGGUGCCCCCCCAGGCUCCCCAGGCCGCUCCCCCCAGCUGGCAGGCCGCGGUGCCCCCCGCGGUGCCCCCCGCGGUGACAGCGGCGUGGCCGGUGCCCGGGCAGGGCUGGCAGACCGCGCCCCUGGCCUGGCCGGCGGCAGCGGCGGCGGCGGCUGCACAGCUCACCUGGCAGGCGCCCGCCCUCGCCGCGGCCGCCGCCGCCGCAGCAUCCGCCUGGCAGCAGCAGCCCCAGCCCGCACUGCGCCCCGUGCCCCCCGCCAUCCGCCCCGCGGGGCCCCCGCCUGCACCCUCGUCGCGCCAGGCGCCACCGCUCCUGCGCCAGGUGCCGCCCCCGCCGCCCAUCCGGCCCGCGCCCCAGGCACAGGGGGGCACCCAGGCGGCGCCGCUGGCCUGGCAGGCCCUGCCACCCCCGCCCCCGCUGCGCCAGGCGCCCCAGGCCCGGCAGCCCCCCCAGCAGCAGCGCUCGGCGGCGCCCCCCGCCGGCCCCCAGGCGUCCUCACAGGCGCUGUCCAUCCCGCCCGUCAUCUGGGAGGCGCCCAGGGAGCCGGCCGCGGGCGCCCAGGAGAUGCCCACCUCCAUGGAGUUCCAGGAGGCGCCCCUGCAGGCUCCCUUUUGGCAGAUGGAGGAGCAGCAGCAGCAGCAGCCCUUUCCAGGGGGCCCGGCCUCCCAGAAGGCAAUGCCGAUGCAGCUACCCGCCCAGCAGGCCCCGGCGCCGCCGGGGGCCGCGCAGGCAGAGCUGCCCGAUCUGCAACCCCAGCCCUCCUGGCAGCAGGGCGCCCAGGCGGUCCUGCAGGCCCAGAUCAGCGGCGCAGCCCCCGCCCUAGCCGGGGCCAGCUUCCCCAUGGGGCCCGUCAAGUCCAUGCUGACCCCUUCGGGCGAUUCCAGGGCCUCGUCCUCCUCCGUAGACCGUAGGACCUCGUCGGCCAGGGAGCGCCGCGCCUCGGCGUCCCGGGAGCGCCGCGCGCCCUCCAAGGAGCGCAUGCUGUUCGCCGCCACCUACGGCGCGCCCCGGGGCGGGGCGGGGGGCCGCUCAGCUCCGGCCUGGAGGAGCCUGCAGGCCGCACAGGAGGCCUACGGCGGGGCCAUCCCCAGGGGCUGCUUCCCCUCCACCUCCCAGUACCAGCCGGGCCCUUCCGACGUGUUCCUGGGGGGGCCCCCAGCCAUCCCCGAGGUCCCCCAGGCGCUGCAGGAUCCCUUUGGCUACGCGGAGGCCAUGCCCGGGGUCUCCUGGGUGGCCCAGCACGACCCCAGUGUGCCCAGCGGGUCCCAGGGGGAUCCCUCCAUGCUCAUGGCCCAGGCCCAGGCCCAGGCCCAGGCCCAAGCGCAGGCCAUGGCCAUGGCCACCGCGGCGGCGGCGGCAGCCCCCCUCCAGGCCAUGGCCUUCCCCCAGGAGGCCCCCAAGCCCCCCGAGGAGCCAGCCCGGCGCCCUGGGGGCAAGGCCACCCGCAAGAAGAAGCAUCUGAACACCGAGGAGGACGAGGGCGACUAUUACUACAGCACCGGCGGCGGGGCCGGCGGCCGUGGCCGUGGCCGAGGCCGGAUGCUGGCGGCGCGCCACUGGCAGCCCCCGCGCCGCUGGGCCCCCGCCGCCGCCGGGGACCGUGACGCCUGGGGGGGGGAGGCCCCGUGCAGCUGGGAUGACCCCAUCGCCGCGGCGGCCCGCGGCCUGAGCCUGAGCGCCUGGGAGGGGCCCACCACCUCCCGCGUCCUGAGCGGCUGGGAGGGGCCCAGCACCUCUUGGGCCCUGAGCGCCUGGGAGGGCCCCAGCGCCUCAAGGGCCCUGAGCCUGUGGGAGAGCCCCGGGUGCAGUGCGAGCGUGCAGUGCCUGAUGCUGGCCGAGCUGGCCGGGGUGUCCCUCGGGGCGGGCACCGGCCAGGGCGGGCCCGUGUGCCCCCUGGACGAGCGGGCCAACGCCCUGGUGCAGUUCCUCCUGGUCAAGGACGGGGGCAGCGUGCCCGUCACCAGGUCCGAGAUGGUCCGGUACGUCAUCGGAGAGUACCAGGACCAGGCCCUGGAGAUCAUCCAGCGCGCCAACCACAAGCUGGAGUGCGUGUUCGGGUACCAGCUGAGGGAGGUGGACCCCAAGAGCGAGUCCUACCUCAUCGUCAACAAGUUCGGGGGCGGGCCCGUGGCCACCCCGGCCGCCUGCCUGGAGAUCCCCAAGCUGGGGCUCCUCAUGGCCGUCCUGAGCCUCAUCUUCAUCAGGGGCAACCACAUCCGGGAGGGCGUGCUGUACGGCUUCCUCGAGAGGCUGGGCCUGGACGUCCACGGGGCCCCCGGCCCCCUGGGCGACAUCAAGACGCUCAUCACCGGCGACUUUGUCGGGCAGAGGUACCUCGAGCUCAGGGAGGCCCCCGACGCCCGCCCCCGGGAGCGGGAGCUCCUGUGGGGGCCCCGGGCCUUCAUGGAGAUCAGCAAGAUGCUGGUGCUCAAGUUCCUGGCCAAGCUGCACAACACCAACCCCCAGAGCUGGCCCUACCACUACUUUGAGGCCCUUGCCGAGUGCGAGUCCGACGAGGAGUGGGAGUACGAGCAGCUGGGCCCCUACUACGCCCGCCCACGGGGCCGGGGGGGUCGUGACCGCAGGGCCCACCGCCGCUAA